AAAAUUUAUAUGUUCUUUUUUACUAUCGGAAUUUCCCAGUAAAAAACAGAUUGUCAACUGUAUUAAAAAAAUAUUCCCAACCUUUGAUAAAACCUUUUUAUUGAAAUAUUAGUUUACCGAUUAUAACUCGUAUUCAAUUGUUGAUACACAUGUUAGAGUUUUAACCAACAAAAAAUAGUAAAUUUCAAGCUUUAUGAAGCUCAUUUUAAGAGAUAGUACUUCAAGGUUAGAAUACUCGACUCAUUUCUUUGUUUAUAAGUAGUGGUUUUCUUGAUUGUAGUUCUAUUUUAGAUUAGAAGAUAAAGUUGUUGGUGUAGAUUAGGAUUAAAAGUGUGAGAACAAUUAUUGACUGGUGACUUAAAGACUAAGUUAUUGAAAGAUAUAAUAUACACCUCGUGCUACUACGGGAAAAUACAUUACCCGCAUAAAAUGUGUACCCAAGAACCUUCUGGAUUACGAAGGCGUGUAGUUUAAAUAAAUAAAAUUCUAUUAUAAUCUAAUGACAGAAGCACUGGAAAUUUGACGGGUGGCCAGGUAUGUUUUUAGCACGUGCCUGUGCCUUAUGCAAAUUGCCACGGUUUUUCCCAAUUGGCUUUGUGGUGCUGGGCUGAAAUAAAUAUUCAUAAACUAAAUAACACACGUAAAUCACGUUAAACUUAAACGACUAAGUUUUAGUACACACUUGCAGAAAGAACACGUGCUGUCCAAAUUUUUCUGAUUACCAGUGUUGAAGGACAGGUAUGGUACACAUAUGUUAUACUCGAAAGUUGAUUUAAAAGAUUACUGCUGAGAAGAAGGUUUGAAUUAUUAUCAAUAAUUGCUGAGAGAAUACUCUUCAAGAUGUCUUCAAUUGUCUACGUAUGGGUUAAAAUCAUAAAUCUUCUUGCCAGUAAAAAUGUGUAUAUGGAACAAAAAAUCAGUCAAUUCUCACAAAAGCGGCAAAUAAAAUAAACUCGCAAGUGGUAGACACGUUGUUAAAUACUACUGCUACUCUACGUUACACUCUCUUGAAGUACGUAUAGUAGUAAGAAUACCUAUAGAUGCUGUGUAUACAAUCCCACGGUGCAUGGGCGUUCCGUAUGUUGGACACAUGGCGAAGUUGACACGUACGGUUCCAUUGUAUUUAUCUUAAAUAUACCAAGUUAUCAAAGUUCUGAUCAAGAUUAUCACCAAUAUUAUUAACUGGUCAAUCCUGACAAUGGUCACAUAUCAAUUGCACAAUGCCUAAUUGAUGAAAGAAUAGAGAGAAGCCCAUAAUAGGGUGUUUCCCAGAUCAUUGGGGCUUUUCCCAUCAUAAAAUUUAUUAGCCACCAGCAAGCGAACAAAGACAAUGUUUGGUGAACAUAUUGUUCCAACUAGCUGCUUUUUGUAUCAGUUUAGACAUCAAAGUUAAUAAUCAUCAACCACCAUGUUAUGAUACCAGAGUGACAUUUGGGUUGUGAAAAUCUAUAAAUAUCAACUGGUAGCUUGAGAUGGAAUAAUGUGAUGGUGAUAGAUAAAUGAAAUAAAUCUGGAGACCAAUAUUGGCGAUUAUCCAAUCUUUAAUCUUUAAUCCUCUUACAGAUGAGUAACCACCAUUAUUAUUGUUGUUGUGAUCAAAGAAAAGUCAAGUCAUUAAUUUGAGACCGUCGAAUGGUAGGAUUAUUUUGUGAUCCCUACCAUGUCUUUCAUCUUCGUUGAGGCUGAAGAAUUCAAGAGGAAGACUUUGUGACUCGCCUUGAAGCUCAAACCUAGUGUGGGUGGGUGGAGACGACUGACAGCAAUGGGAAUAAAAAGAAAAUGUCGGGGUGGGGCUAAUGUUUGAGAAAGACAGAAAAUGGAGGCGGGCUUCGUAAGCCGACAUCUCCAAGACGUCUCAUCGAAUGUUCAGAAGACUCAAGGUUGUAGUUGAGAUUAGACGUUACUAUUUCGGGAUUUCGUUAAAAAAGUUUUACGGUAAAAAUUUUUCUCGUUUAUUUUUAAAUCGCGGAUUAAGUCACCUGUGUUAGAAACUAAUAUAUCAUAGUGUUCAAAGUGUAUAAAGAAACAAAAACAAUUUUAGUGAUAAACAAGUUAACAGUUAUAAACAGAAGAAUAAUUAACAGUAUUUUUAAUGAUGCAAGCACAGCACCCAGUCGCUCUAUCAAGCCAGAGAACUUUUCAAAAUCUAUAUUUUCUUAAUGAUAGCCCAGGCAUACCUCACAGUGCAAGCAGUUCAGCAAGCAAUUCACCGGUGAAUUAUGAACGACUGUCUCCAACACAUUUGGUAGACUUAAGUACAUCACAAGAACAUCGUAAUUUACCUAGUUUUAAUCACUCUCAUACUUCGCCUUAUCAAACGAUGCCACCGAAUUAUCAUUAUUAUGAAACCUAUGAUGAUGACAGGAAUCACCAGGAAGUUCAGCAACAUUUACAUAAGAUGAAUAUGUAUGAUAGAAAUAUUAGAAUUGAUUAUCAACGACAUGAUUCACCAGGUUUUUUUUCAGAUCAUAGUCGUGAACAUGAUCAGAGUGUGUAUAUGCCUUCAACAUCAUCACCAUUGCAAAUAUACAAUUCACCCGACGGCUUAAAAAAUGACGAUAACCCAGCUGACACAAAAUAUCAUGGUUUUGAUACUUCAGGAAAUAGUGAAAUUGAUUAUAAAUCAAUUGUAAACAGUGAAUUUCAACGUCAUAAUAAAGUAUUAACGAAUUUAUCUGUGAAUUCUGAUGUCUCAACAAUGUCCAACGAGGAUCCUUUGUCUUCUUCACAAAAAUCUUGUGAUCGAAACACUACAACAAAAACCGGUGUGAAAAGAAAAAGAAAAACAAGUAUAAAUGAUGAAUCUGAAACGGAAAGUGUUGCAUCAUUUUCAGGACUAAAACAAAAAAUUCGACGAAAAGGUGGUGCUACUUACGAAGAGAUACAAAAUCAAAGGGUAAUGGCUAAUGUCAGAGAAAGACAAAGGACACAAAGUUUAAAUGAAGCCUUUGCCGCUCUCAGAAAAAUCAUUCCAACAUUACCAAGUGAUAAACUCAGUAAAAUUCAAACAUUAAAACUUGCUACAAAGUACAUUGAUUUCCUUUAUCAAGUGCUACAAUGUAGUAUAGAAAAUGCUGAUUUGAAUGGUGGCAGCGUUGAAGACAGUAAUGGUCACACUAGUCCUAGGAGUGCAAUUAUAGCCACUCGAGAAAUAUCAGCAGCAGCAUCAUCAUCAUGUAGUUAUAUGGCACAUGAAAGGCUAUCUUAUGCCUUCAGUGUCUGGAGGAUGGAAGGUGACUGGAAUAACAAUUAAAUUAUCAUCAAAUUUGAUGGCAAUUUAAAUUUCCUACUUUCGCUGGAUCGAAAGUUCCGAAAUUUAUCGCUACUGUAAAUAGUAUUGAAAAGAAUAAUCAAAUCAAAAUCUAAUAAUAAUAAAAAAAACAAUUACAAUUACAGGAAGCUCUUUUGAAAGAAGAAAAAAAAAAUUGUGAUAAUGAUGAAUUACAUAGUAGUUCUCAUUAUUAUUCCUUAAACAUUAGAAAAACAAUAAUUCCGAAUUCUUUGUUAAAUUGGCUGUAUUUAACUUACAGUAUGAUAAAGUAAUAUUAUUUAUAUCUGUCCAUUAUUCUGUGAUAUUUUUAUUUUAUUUUCAAAUUAGAUUUCUAAAAAAAAAAAAUGAAAAAUUAAGAAAGACAUAUAAUGCACUGCAUAAUUAAUUUGGUUUUUGAAAUCAAUUAAAAUAUGUAUAUUUCAACAAAUACUAUAAAUUAAAUAUAUUGACAAAAUAACAAAAUUAUCGGAAAUAGUAAUACUGCUAUUAACCCGAGGCGUAAAAAUUGAACUUAUUUUGAUCUUAUUCAUCCUGCUUUAACAUUUAAUUUCAGUUUGAAAUCAUGAACCUGCAGGUUCAUUUUAUGUAAUAAAAAUUGUGCUAACUUUAAACUGGUAAACCUGCAGAAUUCCACUUUCAGGGCUUAAGGUUCAACUUAGAUGAUUCAUUUUCAGGAUAAUAGAAUGUAAGUAGUUUGGAUUCAGGUUUGUUAGGGCCAAAGUAGUUUCAAAACUAGUUCCUAAAAAUGAACAACCUAAGUUGAACCUUAAGCCCUGAAAGUGGAAUUCUGCAGGUUUACCAGUUUAUAAGAUCAAAAUAAGUUCAAUUUUUACGCCUCGGAAAUUUACGUGAAUUUAUUUCAUUUAUUUUCUUUAUGAAUAAUGGCAUUUUGUAGCAUUUAGAAUUUAUUUAUUUUAAGAACUGAAAAGAUACUUGAUUGAAAACAUUAGUAUAUUCAAAAAUAUAUUAAUGAAAAAAAAUUUAUUGGCAUCUAUAUAAUAGAAUAAUAUCAAACUUUAAUGUUUCUUUGUUACUAUAAUUUAUUAGUUUAUUUACAUUUUAAAAUAUUUAAAUUAUCAUUAAU